UCCUUGUUGCAUCGGCUUCCGCAUUUUUGUCACUGUCCUUGUGUGCUAAGUUUGUGCAACUCACAUGGUGAGAUUUUUUCAAUCGAGUUGAGGUGGAAUCAAGUCAAGUUGACUUGCCUUUUUGUUGAAUUUAUCAACCAUGGUGAAGAACGAGUAUGAUGGCUCAAAGGAGCCAGAACAUGUACGCAAACUGUUCAUUGGAGGUUUGAACUACAAGACAACUGAUGAUUCAUUGAAGAAACAUUUUGAACAAUGGGGUGAGAUCGUUGAUGUUGUAGUCAUGAAGGACUCAAAUACCAAAAAGUCAAGAGGUUUCGGAUUUGUUACUUACUCUGAGGCUAGCUGCAUCGAUGCUGCACAAAGUGCGAGGCCUCACACCGUCGAUGGUAGAGUUGUAGAACCAAAAAGGGCAGUCCCUAAAACCGAAGCUGGAAGGCCAGAUAGUUCAGCUACAGUAAAAAAACUUUUCAUUGGAGGCUUGAAAGAUGAACAUGACGAACAAGAAAUAAAAGACUAUUUCAAAACUUUUGGCAACGUUGUAAACUGCACGAUCAUUUGUGAUAAGGAGAGUGGCAAGAAGAAGGGAUUUGGAUUUGUUGAAUUCGAUGACUAUGACCCAGUUGAUAAAAUCUGCUUGCAAAGCUGUCACACAGUGAAAGGCAAACGCAUCGAUGUGAAAAAGGCGUUGAGCAGGGAGGAGAUGGCGAAGAUGGGAGGAGGUGGUGGGGAUAGGGGUGGCCGACGAGGUGGCAGAAUUGGGGGAGGUCGAGGAGGAGGACGUGGGGGUGGAUAUGGAGGCGGAGGUCGUGGGGGUGGAUACGGAGGCGGAGGUCGCGGAGGAAGCGACUGGAAUAACACAACUGUGGUGGCCGGCGGUAAAACGUGGGAAUCUGAGCCAAUGGGAGGCGGUUCAUAUGGAGGCAGAAACAGCGGGGGCGGCUAUGAUGGAGGGAGUGGAGGUGGCUACCAACAGAGCUACAGUGGUGGACCCAUGCGCAGUAACUAUUCUUCAGGCGGUGCCGGUGGAAGGCCUUCGCCCUAUGGUGGCAAUGCUGGUGGUGGUGGUUAUGACAAAGGCCGAAAGUACUGAGUCGCUGCUAAUUCCUAAGAUGUGUUGAAGGUAUGUGAUGCAAGGAUAGAAAGAACCGAGUGAGAGGAGUGUAGCCUAGGAAAGUGAAAAUCAUGUUAAGAAAAGUACAAGAUUGCAAGUCAGGCAGACUAGGAAGCAGUUGGACCUCUCCAGCUCCCCCAGUAUAUCCGCAGUAUGGUCUCUCAUCAUUACCAGGAAUUUAGCACUUGACCAAAGUAUUGUUUAAGAACUGAUUAAUAUUAUAAACUAUCUAAGUAUGUUAGUUUGGUAGUGUAUUCUUUAGUCAUUUUAUGAACUAUGUCACAGAAAACAUUAUUUCCAUUAAGUAUGUUUGAAAUGAGGAGUUUUUGUACAAACUUGGAUUUAUAAUUUUCUUUAUCGUAAGUCGAUUUAGUAUUAUAUCUGUAAUUUUUAUGUAGUGGAUUAAAUUAGAUUUUUGUUAAGAUGUUUUGAUAGCUACUAGCAGUUUCUUUUGCCGUAGAACUUUGCCAAUUUGGUUUCCAUUUUCAUGCAGUAAGGAAUUGUAAAUUGAGAACUUUUUACCAAAUAUUGGCCAAAUUAGUUUUGUGUAAAAUCAAUCUGAGGGUAAUACAUUAUGACAAGUAUUUUGAUCUCAUAUAGUUUAUGGAAAAUACCCUGUUUUUAUAUUAAUGUUUUUUAUAGAAACCUAGAUAAACUCAAUCUCUAUACAUUUUAUAGAAAAACAAUAAGGUCACAUUUAGGCCUAAUUCAAUUUCACACAAAUUAUCAGUAAAUAAAAACUGAAUCUUUUGGCUCAAAAACUUCAAAUUUAUUGAAAUCUAGAUUUUAUGAAAUAAUUAAUAAUUUAAUAAUGAAUAAUUAUAAUAUUAGAAUAGUUUCUCAAAGACUAUAAUUUCUGAUAAUAGUUGAUCAGAUAAUAAUAAGACUCAAUUAUUUUAUGUAUUCCUAAAAACUCAAUUUGUGAUAAUAAUUAAGGCAACCUUACUUUGAAAUAUAAAUUAAAUAACUGUUGGAAAAAUAUACAUUCCAAAUUAUCCACGUUAGGCAUUUGAAGUACUCAGUAACCUCAAGUAUUAUUAGUUAUAAUAAAUGUUUUAAGAAUAAUAAACUUCUCUUGUCACAAUA